UUUGGACAGGAAUUCCACAGUUCACAGGCUCAAUAACUGAAUUCAACUUCAGUCCUCCUUCUCAUCGCUUUCCUCAUCACCAGGGAGUACCUCCCCCGGUCUCGUCUUGUAACAUGAACGAGCGGCACCUUUUUCCAUCAAAUGUUUUCUUCAUCAUGGACAAAUCUCAGUGAAGAUCUCGCUCACGGCUUUUCAUUGCGUUCCGGUUGUUUGUUGCGCGGGCGAUGAUGGGACGCGGUCUUUCACGCACUGAAUGGUACCCGACUGGAUAAAAUACAUAUAUUUUUUUUUGUUGAGGAAUUUUGCUGACUUCUCCAACUUUUAUUAUCGAAAGCUUGCAGGCCCUGGUGGAGCAGUGUGAUGGCUCCCAUUCCCCUGUGUCUGCUGCUGCUCUGUGCCCUGCCCCUGUGUGUUCCUGUCUGGGGGGGCCACGGUAAAGGUGUUGAUGAAGAGUAUGGCUGGUCCGUGCAGAGGGUCCCGUUGAUUCUGGACAGGCACACAGUGCAUCUGCGGACCCCCACGUUUGGUGGGAAGACUGAGGGGGCAGGUGGGGAUAAGGAGGCGGGGGGUGGGAUAGAGUGUCAGAGCGCCCUCCCCCCUCCCGACUGGGCUGCGCUGGAGAGCAUGCUGGGAUACGAGACGGUGUACGAGAAUGGCACGCGCACACAAACUGACGUCACGCUGCAGGGCCUGAAUGACACAACCUCACACACACCAUUACCCAAAACCUCACACACUCGCAGGAAACGUCAGGUGUACGGCGAGGACGGGCGCUUCGUCAUCUCGGACAGCCACUUCACCACCAGCUACCCGUUCUCCACGGCGGUCUGCCUGUCCACGGGCUGCUCUGGGGUCCAAGUGUCUGACAAACACAUCCUGACGGCGGCUCACUGCGUCCACGAUGGGAAGGACUACCUGCAGGGGGUCCGCAGGCUUAAAGUGGGAGUCCUACAGUUCAAAUCUAAACGAGGUAGGGGGGGUGGGAGGAGGAGAGGGGGGAGGAGAGGAGGAGAUGGGGAAAGCAAGGGAAAGGGGAAAGGAGAGGAAGUGGUAGGAGAAGAGGAGAAAGGGAAUGGAAUAGAUGGAGAAGAACCGAGACAGAAGCAGAGACGGAGAGGAGGGAUUCAGAGAAGGGGGAAGGGCGAAAUGGAGAUACAGAACAGGGUUGAUGGGGAGACUGGAGCAGAGGGAGGUGAAGGAGGGAACAUGGAGAAGGAGAGGAGAGGAGGAGGGGGUAGGCAGAGAAAGAGAGGUAGCAGAAGUAGCCGUGUACAACGCAGCACCGAACCCAAAAAGCAGCCCUCCUUCCACUGGACACGUGUAAAACAAACCCACAUCCCCAAAGGUUGGAUACACACAGGAGAUAGAACCAACGCCGUAUCCCACGGCUACGACUACGCCCUCCUGGAGCUCAAACGGCCAAUCAAACAGAAGCACAUGAAACUGGGUUUAUUGGCCGCUGCAAAGCCUCUCCCCUUGGGUCGCAUCCACUUCUCAGGGUUCGACAACGAGCCAGAGGGAGGACAAACGGAGGGAGAGAGGGAAAAGGUGGUCUAUCGCUUCUGUUCAGUGACGGAGGAGUCAGACGACCUGUUGUAUCAGCACUGUGACGCCCAGCAGGGGGCGUCAGGCGCUGGUGUAUACAUCCGCCUCAGACAGGAAGUGGAGGGGUCCAAUAAGGGGAAGUGGCAGCGGAAGGUUAUCGGGGUGUUCUCAGGGCAUCGCUGGGUAGACGGGGACGGGGGUGGGGGUGAGCAGAGGGACUAUAAUAUGGCGGUGAGGAUCACUCCACCUAAAUACGCCCAGAUCUGCCACUGGAUCCAUGGGGAUCCCAGCAUGUGUAGGGAGGCCUGAGACACCAGGGAUCUGUCAGACUGAUCAGAGGAAGAAAAAAAUAAGAUUUGCAUUCAUGUAGCGCCUUUCACUGAGACCUCAAAGCACUGAGAUGGUGGUGGACAAACUAACUAUGGCCAGCACAGACAGAUCAGAUGGAAUAGGACUUUGGAAUAUGGGAUGAUUUUCUUGCUCUGGUCAAUCAAACAGAUCCCUAUCUAGACUGCCAAAAUAAUAGUUUGGAGGUCUCGAAAUUCUAUGGUGCACUAAAAACAGGUUUCUUUGUCACAUGUGCCUUUGUAUGUUUUGCUUCCAAGAAAUGCCCAUUGUGCACAUAAUAUGGGUGCUAAGAUGAGUUCCAUUGGUGAUGAUUUUACAUGAGCAAAUCUUUGUUUUUACUGUCUCUACAUGAUUCAUAGUUUUGCUAUCAGAAUAUUUUUUCCAAGGUCUAUAUUUUGAGUGUAAAUGUGUAUUUGGUUGAGUAUGUCCUAAACAUACAUUUUGCUUGGUAAAACAUGUGAUAUCAAUAGUGAUGUAAAAAAUAAAUAAAAAAAAGUCUUUAUAUUAAAACCUACCGUUGAAUACCAAAAUACU